GCAGCUUUAUGAGGCAGCUUUUCGCUGGAUUGAAAAGGCAAGUCUGCCUUACCUGAAUUCAUCAAGAGACAGACAGAAUAACUUAAAUCGUGGCAAUACCCUGUCGUCCUCACGUAAGAGAAGGACGGCUCCUGAUUAAACAACCAGAUACAACGCCUAAAAGUCCUCACCCUCGGUAGAAAACCGUCCAAGCGAACAACGUUUACGGCCAUGUCUCAGGAAACAUCAAAAUACUGCAGAAACCGAAUUGACAGCAUGCCAGUCCAAGAGACCUUGCCGACGCGGGCUACCAGUCCAGAUCGCUUGUUCCGAGCACUCAGGAACAAGUUUGGGCCUGGGGGAUUCGCCGUUGAGGUUCGCCACGACAUGUACAACAUCAGAGCCGCAUCACCGCUUGAGAUCAGUUGCGAAGGGCAUAACCCGAUCAUUAGCUGAGGGCAGAAGACGGCAGUGUGGACACCCAUCACCUCUAGAAUCCAGCUUUUGAGAUCAUUUGUUUUCUUGGUGUUUAUCGGCAAAGAUCAAGGUCCCCGUUGCUGUGGUCUAGGUCCUUCUUUAUCAUGGCUUCUGGGAGGGAGGAAAGAUUGGGGGCGGGGGUUGGCUCAUGGCACGGGAGAUUGCGUGUGACGGGGAUGCACUAACAGCCAAGAUGAAUGAUGAAGAUAUUGUUCAGCAGUGUUCCAAUCAGUCAAUUUAGCACAUCUUGCACGU